AUGCUUUGCUUCAAAACAGAGAAGAGCGGAAACGACUACGAGAGCAGUUACUCUUCUAACUUUAACACCGGAAACGCAUUCAGUUACCUUUCUAAGAGCUACUUAAAUUUCUCUUCUUUGCUUCACUGUAGGAAUUCAUUCACUCAAUUAGAAGCCGCCUCUAAGGAUAAAGUCUUUCAUCUGCAGGGAGUAGUAGGUCAUGGAGGCUCUGGGCUACUUUUCCCGAAGGAGCUUGUAGCGACAUUUGAGAGACGUUCAGAGCUCCCUCUUCUCUUGAACUUCCAUAGGAGUCCGCUCGUCGUCAUACCGGGCUUAGGAGAGGAUGUUAACAGUGACGAGUCUCUCCCGCGUCUGCUCCGGUCUAUUUGCCAGAAAGAGUUCUCAAACAUCACAGCACUUCUUCCCCGACGGCUAAAAACUAAGAAUGAAGCGAGGCAACUAGCCUGUCUCUACCUAGUAAGGCAUUGUACGCCACCAAAAAGCACUAACCUUGCAGAUAAUAAUAUCAAACUCGAAAAUAAAGUCCUGCUUGCACCGGUCGACUACAAGGCAUGGGCCUUGCUGCAGGCAUGGUAA